AUGGAGCGCAACCUGGAGGGCACCGCGGAGCGCGCACCCCUUGACAAGGUGCAGCCGGGCAGCCUGGCGGGCAGCGUGCUGUUCAGCACGCCGAUCGGCGCCAGGAGCAUGCGGCUGGGGGGCCGCGGGCGUGGGGCGGAGGAGGGCACAGUGUAUGACGCGGCCGGGAAGGAGGCGUUUGAGGCCGCCAUCGAUGUGGCGCGCCGCAAGACGGUCGAGGAGGUGCAGCGCUGGGGCCAGGACGGCGCCGCCGCGGCCGGCAGCCCUGCGUCGCGCUCCGGCGGCGCCUCCUCCGAGGGCGUCAGCGGCGGCGGCGACGACACGACGCGCGCCGACCAGCCGCCCGCGGACGGCAUGGUCACGCCGCCGCCGGCGUCGGUCGAGCGCAAGCGCCGGGAGCGGCUCGCGCGGCAGGGCCUGGGGGCGGACGGCGUCGGCGGCGCGACGGGCUCGCCGCGCGGCGCGUGCAGCACGCCGCGCUCGUUCGCUUCGUGCGGGUCGCCGUCCGCCGCGGCCGUAGCCGGCGCGCACGUGGAGGCCCGCAUCCUCGCCAAGGUGGUGGCCGUGGUGUCCCCCGCGCCGGCAAUAUCCACGCGCACGCUCGCGCGCCGCGCGGUCGCGUCGCGCGCCGAAGGCGCCGCCGCGGCGCCGCACAACGCUGGCGGCGCCGGCGGCGGGGACCACGGUUUGCCGUUUGCGGCGCUGUCCGGCGGCAGCACCGGCGGGUCGCUGGAUACGCACGCGCCGGGCGCGGCGCGGAGGCAGGGCGGCGCCGCGGCCGGCGGCGCGGGCCGCGCGCCGACGUCCAGCCGCAGGGGUGGCACGUUCAGGGCGUGA